AGCAUUGUGGGAAGCAGCCAUGGUCUGAGGCUGGCCCCUCACCUGUCAGCCGCGCCGGCUCCUGCGCUCGUCUCUCGCCCUCAAGUCCACCGCACUCGUCUCUCGCCCGCGGGGACGGCGGCGGCGGCCCGGCCACCAUGAUUCAUUUCAUAUUGCUCUUCAGUCGACAAGGGAAAUUACGGCUGCAGAAGUGGUACACUACUCUCCCUGACAAGGAAAGGAAAAAGAUCACCCGGGAAAUUGUUCAGAUUAUUCUCUCUCGUGGUCAGAGGACAAGCAGUUUUGUUGACUGGAAGGAGCUAAAACUUGUUUAUAAAAGGUAUGCUAGUUUGUAUUUUUGCUGUGCAGUAGAAAAUCAGGACAAUGAGCUCUUGACACUAGAGAUUGUGCAUCGUUACGUGGAGUUGCUGGACAAAUACUUUGGAAAUGUCUGCGAGCUAGAUAUUAUCUUUAAUUUUGAAAAGGCUUAUUUUAUCCUGGAUGAGUUUAUAAUAGGUGGAGAAAUUCAGGAAACAUCCAAGAAAUCUGCUGUUAAAGCCAUUGAGGAUUCUGAUAUGUUACAGGAGACAAUGGAAGAAUACAUGAACAAGCCUACGUUUUAACCAUGCAUCUACUUGAAGACUCCAAGUGCUACGUGUUGUGAACCUGUAAAUAAGCAGUGCCUUGCAUCCAGUUAUUUGACAGAGCCUCUGGCACCAUGCCAAAAAUAACUUAAAAGGGAUUUUUUUGUUAAUUAGCAAAAAUUAAAGUUGUUUAACAUAAUAUAUUUAUCAUUAUUCAUGUCUGUAUUAUACUGUAUAUGACUACUUGGAUGUUAAAACAACUGCUUCAUUGCUCAAUAGGCUGAAUGUUUGUUUGCAGUGUUUUAACUCCAUGUCAUAUUUUUGAGCUAAUUUAAGUAAGUCUAUUGCAAUGUGUUUUGUUGCAUUUGGUCCUCUACUGACAGGGUGUAAACUAUAUUGUCAUAAUCCAUGAUUUUGAAUGUAAAGUAUAUCUUAUAUAAUACUUUUUCUAAAUGUUUAGCUUUUAAAAUUGUAUAAUGAUUCAAAAUUAUGUUAAUAGUUCAGAGUUCAUACAUGACAUUAGACAUUUUAAAUACUCUUAAUACUGUAAUUUCAGUCCAGAUACAGUGUAUCUGAUUUUAAUGUCCUGAAUUCAUUAAUUUUUCAGGGCUGGAAUUAAGGACAACAACCAAAGAUAGUAUAGGCCUUAAGUGUUUUUGAUGCCUUGGAAGCUGCUAUCUAGGCUGAGGUUUUAAUUUUACCUUUUAAUUGAAUAUAUGGGGCAUUCCAAUAAGGUUGUGUUUUGUACAAACUCUAUAUAUUUAUUAAGGUUUUGAGACAUCUGAAAAAGUGUGUAUAACUUCCCUAUACUAUAAAAAUAGUAUAAUAAAGAUUAAUAACAGUAGCAAUAAUACUUACUAGUACUCCUAUUUUAAUAAUCUUUUAUGUUACAAGCACCCUUAGUUGCUUGAGAGAUUUUUGUUUCCAGUAUGUUUUCAUGUAUAUCUAAUAUAUUUGAAGACAUUGUUUAUUAGGCUUACUUGGGGCAUUUAAUAUUAUUGCAGCCUAU